AUGGAGCAGCAUACCAAAGUGUUUUUGAACGGAGAUAAAGUGCGAUGGAGCUGCAUGCCAAACGCAGGGAGGAAAGACUGGUACUCCAUAUCUCCCCCCGACUCCGUCAACGUCAAAGCUACUGUCACUGUUUACUGCCAAGACAGCACAUACUUGUUUUGCCCUCUUGAGAUGCUGCACCUCACAGGUCAACCAGACACAACGUGCCAUGCAUUUGUUGGAGAAACUGUCAUUUUGCCUUGCAGCACCACCAUCUCUCCUGGAGAGCUGAUCCUUUCCAAAUCAAUGCUCUACUGGCAGAUAGACUCCUCUGUCGUAGUGCACUUUUUUCGCAAUGGGCAGAAUUCGCUGAACUUGCAGGACAAUCAUUAUCAUGGCAGAACUAGUCUUUUUCUGGACGAGAUGAAGCAUGGCAACUUCUCCUUAAAGCUCUCCAAUGUCCAGUUACAGGACGCAGCCGUAUAUAGUUGCAUCUACAAGCAGACAGGGAAUCAUCUCAACCAAACAUGGAAAUCUAAAAUUAAACUCAUUGUAUCAGCUCCACCUAGCAUUGAGGAGGCACCUUCCCCUUCUGGACACAGUCAGACUUCCUCCAGAAGCCCUGCUGAUGCGCCGUGUCUGGCUAUGCUUCCCCUCUCUUUCCACCUCCUGGUCACACUGGGGGUUUGGUACUUGUAACUGCGGAAGCCAACCUCCUCUUUGGGAAGUUCUCCUCACCAGAGGACCUCGAUGGGCAGAACAGCUCAGUAG